GCUUAUUGAAGGUUUGGCUAUAUAAAGUGGGAGCCUCUGCUCAGUGCUCCUCAUUCAAAAGUAGUUCAGAUCUUCAAGCCAUAAAACACAACUGUGGGAGUUUCGUGUUUACUAAAAAAUGGCCAAUUUCUGGCCUCGCCUGGUUUAUGCAGUGGCAGUAUUCAUACUGGCCACCAAUGUAGCAGCCGAUGAUGAUGAUUACAGGCCUUACAUUUACAAGUCCCCUCCCCCGCCAUACUACCGCUACAAUUCACCAUUGCCUCCAUAUUACAAGAAGUCUCCACCAUAUUACUACUAUAAGUCACCGCCACCACCAUCACCAUCUCCUCCUCCUCCCUAUAUUUAUAAAUCUCCACCACCACCAUCUCCAUCACCGCCUCCACCUUACAUUUACAAAUCCCCUCCUCCACCAUCUCCAUCACCUCCUCCUCCUUAUAUUUAUAAGUCACCACCUCCUCCUUCUCCAUCUCCACCUCCUCCUUAUGUCUACAAGUCACCACCUCCUCCUCCAUACAUCUAUAAAUCACCGCCACCACCCUCACAAUCUCCUCCACCUCCUUAUAUUUAUAAGUCACCGCCUCCACCAUCUCCCUCACCUCCCCCUCCAUACAUCUACAAGUCACCACCACCUCCAUCACCAUCACCUCCUCCUCCUUAUAUUUAUAAGUCACCACCUCCACCUUCUCCAUCUCCACCUCCUCCUUACGUUUACAAGUCACCGCCUCCUCCAUCUCCAUCACCUCCUCCUCCAUAUAUCUAUAAAUCACCACCACCACCCUCACCAUCUCCUCCACCUCCUUAUAUUUACAAGUCACCCCCUCCACCAUCUCCCUCACCUCCUCCUCCAUAUAUCUAUAAGUCACCACCACCACCCUCACCAUCCCCUCCACCUCCUUACAUUUACAAGUCACCCCCUCCACCAUCUCCCUCACCUCCUCCUCCAUACAUUUACAAAUCACCACCACCUCCAUCACCAUCACCUCCUCCUCCAUAUAUCUAUAAAUCACCGCCACCACCCUCACCAUCCCCUCCACCUCCUUAUAUUUACAAGUCCCCUCCUCCACCAUCUCCCUCACCUCCUCCCCCAUACAUCUACAAAUCCCCACCACCUCCAUCACCAUCACCUCCCCCUCCUUAUAUUUACAAGUCACCGCCUCCUCCAUCUCCAUCACCACCUCCUCCCUACAUCUACAAGUCACCCCCUCCUCCAUCUCCAUCACCUCCUCCUCCAUAUAUCUAUAAAUCACCGCCACCACCCUCACCAUCCCCUCCUCCUCCUUAUAUUUACAAGUCACCACCACCACCAUCUCCCUCACCUCCUCCUCCAUAUGUCUACAAGUCACCACCACCUCCAUCACCGUCACCACCUCCUCCAUCUCCAUCACCCCCUCCUCCCUACAUCUACAAGUCCCCACCUCCUCCAUCACCUUCACCUCCUCCUCCUUAUGUUUACAAGUCUCCACCACCGCCAUCCCCAUCACCACCACCUUACUACUACUACAAUUCCCCACCACCUCCCGCUGUAUACUAAUUAUUACCGAUCACUAUUUGAUCUACAGAUUGCCUUAUUUGUUAUUAAAAAGAAUAAAUGCUGCCCUCAAGUACUCGGAUACUCUUAUCGGGGGGAUAUAUGGUUUUAUGAGCAUCGUUCAAAUGUCGAUCAAAGCAGUCCGUUCGAGACAUGAAAUGACAUACAAAUAGAUGGAAAGACAUGCAUGCCACUU